AUGGGUACCUUUUGUGCACAAAGUGCUCUUAAACUUAGAAACAUUGACUAUAUUGUGGAGUAUGACUAUGAUGCUAUACAUGAUGAUGAGUUAACUAUUCGAGUUGGGGAAAUCAUCAGGAACGUGAGAAAACUACAGGAGGAAGGAUGGCUGGAAGGAGAGCUAAACGGGAGGAGAGGAAUGUUCCCUGACAAUUUUGUUAAGGAAAUUAAGAGAGAGACGGAAUCCAAGGAUGACAGUUUGCCCAUCAGGCGGGAAAGGCACGGGGCUGUAGCACAUCUCAUACAACGAAUAAGCACCUAUGGACUUCUACCUGGAGGAAUUCAGCCACUUCCACAAACCAAAAACAUUAAGAAGAAGACCAAGAAGCGUCAGUGUAAAGUUCUCUUUGAAUACAUUCCACAAAAUGAGGAUGAACUGGAGCUUAAAGUGGGAGAUAUUAUUGAUAUUAGUGAAGAGGUAGAAGAAGGCUGGUGGAGUGGAACCCUGAACAACAAGUUGGGACUGUUUCCCUCCAAUUUUGUGAAAGAAUUAGAGGUAACAGAUGAUGUUGAAACUCACGAAGCCCAGGAAGAUUCAGAUACUGUUUUGACUGGGCCUACCUCACCUUUACCCCUCUCUCUGGGGAAUGGGACUGAAACUGCACCUGGAUCAGUUACCCAGCCAAAGAAAAUUCGAGGAAUUGGAUUUGGAGAUAUUUUUAAAGAAGGCUCUGUGAAACUGAGAACAAGAACAUCCAGUAGUGAAACAGAGGAGAAAAAACCAGAGAAGCCUUUAAUCACACAGUCACUAGGAUCCAAAACUCAGAGUGUGGAGAUAACAAAAACAGACACUGAAGGUAAAAUUAAAGCUAAGGAAUACUGUAGAACACUAUUUGCCUAUGAAAGUACUAAUGAAGACGAACUGACUUUUAAAGAGGGGGAGAUAAUACAGUUGAUAAGUAAGGAAACUGGAGAAACUGGCUGGUGGAAGGGUGAAUUGAAUGGUAAAGAAGGUGUAUUUCCAGACAAUUUUGCUGUUCAGAUAAAUGAGCUGGAUAAGGACUUUCCUAAACCAAAGAAACCACCACCACCUGCUAAGGGUCCAAUUUCAAAGCCUGACCUGGGAGGUACCGAGAAGAAGUAUUUUCCCACAAAGCCUGAGGAAAAAGAUGAAAAAUCAAUGCUGGAACAGAAACCUUCUAAACCAGCUGCUCCACAAGUCCCACCCAAGAAGCCUGUUCCACCUACCAAAGCCAAUAAUUUAUUGAGAGCUGGAGCAUUGUACCCAAAAAGACCUGAAAAACCGGUUCCUCCACCACCUCCUAUAACCAAGAUUAAUGGAGAUGUUUCUACCAGUUCAUCAAAAUUUGAAGCUGAGCCAGUAUCAAAACCAAAGCUAGAUUCUGAACAGUUACCACUUAGACCAAAAUCAGUAGACCUAGAUUCAUUUACAGUUAGAAGCUCUAAAGAAACAGAUCUUGUAAAUUUUGAUGACAUAGCUUCCUCAGAAAACUUACUACAUCUCACUGCAAAUAGACCGAAGAUGCCUGGAAGAAGACUGCCUGGCCGCUUCAAUGGCGGACAUUCUCCGACUCACAGCCCAGAAAAAACCUUGAAGUUACCAAAAGAAGAUGACAGUGCCAACCUAAAGCCAUCUGAACACAAGAAGGAUUCUUGCUACUCUCCAAAGCCGCCUGCGCACCUUCCAACACCUUCAAGUACUUCUAAACCAAAUACAGCUACUUUUCUAACUCCAUUAGAAAUCAAAGCUAAGGUCGAAGCAGAAAAUUCCUUGGAUGAACUUAAAGCUCAGAUUGUUGAAUUGCUGUGCGUUGUGGAAGCACUGAGAAAGGACCAUGGGAAAGAACUGGAUAAACUACGAAAAGAUUUGGAAGAAGAGAAGGAAAUGAGAAGUAAUCUCGAGGUGGAAAUAGAGAAGCUGAAAAAAGCAUUCCUGUCUUCCUGA